AUGCAGGGCCAGCUGUCGUCCAAAAAGCUCAUGUCAUACCAUGAGAUUCCAUCAUGGCAACAGGAUAAUGAAUUCCUCCUGUCUGGAUAUCGGCCAAUCUCCGGGUCUUUAUACAGAUCACUACGCAGCGUUCUGUACAUGCAUAACGAGACUGUCAACAUCCUUUCACAUAUGUCUGGUUGUAUCGCUUUCACCACUAUCCCCUUCUUUCUUCAUCAUAUGCAUCAUCCCACGAUAUCGCGCUACUGCUUCGGAGUGGCCUUUUAUUACUAUACUGACGUUAAGAACAUAUUCCACUUCUUGUCCAAUCACAGUCGCAGCUGGGCCCAGUCCUGCAAUCGCCUCGAUUAUUUAGGCAUCGUGGUCCUCGUCUGGAGUGCUAAUGCACCCGUGGUUCAUUACGGACUGUCCGGCCUCCCGGACCUGCAAAGAUUCUACAGCUCCAUUAAUAUCAUCACGGCUGUCAUGAGUGUGGGGUUCAUCUUUGGCCAUGACUUUGGCUUUUCUGCCUUUAGAAAGUGGCGUGUACUUGUCUACAGCACAUCUGGCUUGGGUUCACUCGCAUCACUGUUACAUGGCCUUCAAAUCAAAGGCUGGGCCGUUCUGGGAAAUCAUCUGUCCCUUCGGUGGCUGGCUUGUACGAUGUCGCUUAAUCUCAUCGCCGCAGCUGUCUAUGCCUUAAGGAUCCCCGAGAGAUGGUUUCCAUAUAGGUUCGACCUUGUGGGAGCUAGCCAUCAGAUUUUCCACGUCUUAGUUCUGAUAGCCACGUUCACACACCUGGCAGGCCUUCUUGCAGCAUCUCAAUAUGCCGACAUGUGA